AUGCCCCAACGGCCUCGCCAAUCUGGGUCGCGCCUCGGCUGCCUCGGCUGCCUCGGUGUUGGCGGCGUAAGCGACCCUCGAACCAAAACAACAAGGAGUGAGGUAAUGAGUAGUGGACCAUCAUGGGCAGGAGGGCCAGCAUGCCCACAGUGGCCAUAUGUAGGACCGGGUAAUGGUCCGCCACCACAAUGGGGUGCUUCUGCAGGUGGAAUGCAUCAGUACCCUCACAACCAGCCACCGCCUGUGAAUGCUCCACCACAAAACUGGGCAAAUGCUCAUGGACCUCCUCCUAUGUAUGGAGCACCAAAUCAAGGCAUGCCUGAAGCUGCUCCCCCUGAUCACUAUGCUGUAGCUCCUCAGACCUCCAUGCCAAACCAGUAUAAUGUUCCUCAGCACAGUGUACCCCAAGGCCCUCCCUCAGGCACCCCCUCAGGCCUGCCAUCUAAUGGGCAUUUUGGUCCCCCUCCAGUGAGGUCAUGUCCUGGACCUGUUGGCAUUCCUCAGUGCCCCUCAGUUGGCACAUCUGGACCCCUCUCACUUACGCAGUUUCCGCCUCCAGGGCCUUCACCUGGCCCACCUCCUGGCCCAGGCUAUGUUGGAACCCCCAUGUAUGGGUGGGGAGUGUCUCCUCCUCCUUCUUCACAAAUGGUGCAGACUGGCCAGCCUCCUCCUGGCUCUGCUUGGGGUGGUGUCAGCCCAGGGGAUAUACAUCACCAGACGUGGCAGGGAUCUGAUUGGGAUUCAGAGAGACCUCAUAGACCUCACACUGAAGACCUUACAACAAGGUCUGGUAUUGAUCGAAGUGGCGUACCAUCAAGAAACAGCUACAGGGGGAAUAGCAGAGGUAGAGACCAUGACUCUUCUAUCCAUGGGCAAGAGAGGUCUUCUCAGGUUUCUUCAAGGUCAGGGUAUGAAGAUGAUCUUUGUAGCAUAGACUCAAGAUACAAGGAGAAUAGAAGCUACUCUGAUGCUUACUCUAGCAACGGAUGGCGUGAUAGACACGGCAGGAGGAGGAAAAGGUCAAGAAGUCCUUCUGACUACUCAUCUAGAAGAGUAGAGUCAAGAAACCGCACAGAGCCUCGAAGGUGUUCAAGGGAUUCUCGCGAAAGAUCUCGGUAUGACAAUGAUCGUAAAGAACGGUAUUCAAGGAGUCCUGGAUCUCAUUCUCGUUCAAGUUCUCGACCUUUGUCCCCAGAAAGGAAGAGAUCACGUCCCUCCUGGAGCCCUGACAGGCACAAGUCACGAAGCCCCGUCAAAGAGGUGGGUAGUAAAAGAAAAAAAAGGAGUGCAGUGGACCUCCCCCCCGAAGAGAAGGAGGAGUGCGAAUCCCUGCCAACUAUACAAGAAGAGGAGAAGUCUAAGCCUGCGUCAAAGGAGGAGGAACUAGAGGAAGAAGAGGAUGUGAAGGCUGCAUGGGUGCGCUCAGCUCCUGCCGAUCUUUAUUACCAGCGUGAUGAGAAGAAUCCAUUAGUGAUGCGUGCAACGAAGAAGCUAAUGUCGCUUUGUGAAGUAGUUGAAGAAAAAUUGAUAAUGAGAGGUACUAGAAUACGAGAAGAAAAGAGGAAGGCAAGGGAAAAGAAGGAACAGCAAGAGCAGCAUCAGGCAAUAGCAUGCAGAAAUGGGUGUUUGAGCCUUAAAAAGGACAAAACCAAGGAACAGAUGGAGAGACCAGAGAAUCAUCAGCAGAGAAUAAUGUACCAGAAAACAGCACCGGCACAAAGGGCAAGGAGUCGGGGAGGAAUGCAAUGGCAUCACCACAAAGGAAGCUCAGGAGGAUGUGGAGACAGCCAAUAAUUCCGAUAUUGCUUCUUUAGAGGUGGAGAUAGU